AUCCGGAGCAUAUCUGGAGUGGCUAAUACUCUAGAUGUAAGGCAAAAAAUAAAAGAAACACGUGAAAGAAUUCUUCUAGGAGGUGGUGAAAAACGUUUAGAGGCACAACAUAAGCGUGGAAAACUAACAGCUCGUGAACGUAUAGAAUUAUUGGCUGAUCCUGGAACUUUUGUCGAGUAUGAUGCAUUCAUGGAACAUGAUUGUCAUGAAUUCGAUAUGCAGAAGCAAAAAAUUCCUUGUGAUAGUGUUGUCACUGGUAGGUGUCAUGUUUAUGGACGUCCAGUUUAUUUAUUUAGUCAAGAUUUCACUGUAUUCGGUGGUAGUUUAAGUCUUGUUCAUUCUCGAAAAAUAUGUAAAAUUAUGGAUCAAGCAAUGUUAAUUGGUGCUCCAGUGGUUGGUUUAAAUGAUUCCGGUGGUGCACGUAUUCAAGAAGGUGUUGCUUCUUUAGCUGGUUAUGCCGAUAUAUUUCAACGUAAUGUCAAUGCUUCUGGUGUAAUACCACAAAUAUCAUUAAUACUUGGUCCAUGCGCUGGUGGUGCAGUUUAUUCACCUGCACUUACUGAUUUUAUAUUUAUGGUUCAUGAUACAUCAUAUUUAUUUAUCACUGGACCAGAUGUUGUUAAAUCUGUUACUAAUGAAGAUGUUACACAUGAAGAAUUAGGCGGUGCUAAAACUCAUACCAGUUUAUCAGGAGUAGCUCAUCGUGCAUUUGACAAUGAAGUGGAUGCCCUAUUAUCAUUACGUAAAUUUUUAACAUAUUUGCCAUUAUCCAAUAAAGAAAAACCACCAAUACACGAAUGUCAUGAUCCAAUUGAUCGUUUAGUGCCUUCUUUAAAUACAGUUAUACCUUUGGAACCGACUAGUGCUUAUGAUAUGACAGAGAUUAUAAAGGAUAUUAUUGAUGAAGGUGAUUUCUUUGAGAUUAUGCCUAAUUAUGCACAAAAUAUUAUCAUUGGUUUAGCACGAUUAGCUGGUCGUACUGUUGGAAUUGUAGCAAAUCAACCAAAAGUAUCCGCUGGUUGUUUAGAUAUUAAUGCAUCAGUGAAAAGUGCACGAUUUGUUCGUUUCUGUGAUGCAUUCAAUAUCCCAUUGAUUACAUUCGUUGAUGCACCAGGAUUUCUGCCGGGUAAAAUGCAAGAAUGCAAUGGGAUUAUAAGACAUGGUGCAAAAUUGAUUUUUGCCUAUGCUGAAGCAACUGUACCAAAACUUACAAUAAUCACUAGAAAAUCAUAUGGUGGAGCGUAUUGUGUCAUGAGUUCGAAACAUUUACGUGGUGAUAUUAAUUAUGCUUGGCCAACUGCUGAAAUUGCUGUAAUGGGUGCAAAAGGUGCUGUGAAAAUUAUUUUUCGCAAUACACCUAAUCAACAUGAAGCUGAAGAAGAAUAUAUGAAAACAUUCAUUAAUCCAUUUGCAGCACUUACUCGUGGCUAUAUUGAUGAUGUUAUUGAACCGGAUGUAACACGCGCACGUUUAUGUCAUGAUUUACAAUGGUUGGAAAGAAAGACAUUAAAGAAUCCAUGGAAAAAACAUUCGAAUAUGCCUCUGUGAAUCAAUGUGUGGAGUGAGGUGAGGUGGGGUGGGG